AUGCAACGCACGCCGCCCCCGAAACGGCGCAAAGUGUCGCCAACAACAUCCGCCCCUGGCGACGCGCCACCCGCAACUCCAAGUCGUAUACCCGUUUCCGCGGCGAAGAAUCUUUCUGAGAGACGGCCGUCUUUCGCUUCCCCGACGAAAGCGAGUAUCGCGAGGCAUAAUCCACAAUUGUUAAAUCGACCGUCGUCUUCUGGACGUGGUGCGCAGAGCGCGGGGAAGAAUCUAGAUCAUGUCUUCGCGAAAGCAUUGGGGGACUUGCAGAAUGCCGUAGAGAUUCAGCCUGAGGUAAUCGGAGGAGGGACACAAUCGGAUGCUACGCCUCAGGGAAGCUAUGUACCAGCUACCCAGAGAGAUACAACGCCUAGAGCGCGCCGGCUGUCUGUUGGUGGAAUACUUUCUGCAAAACCGAGGAGGAUGUCGCGAUCCCCAUCCAAACAGCCCGAACGAUCAGCUCCAGUAGUUCCAGGAUAUGGCGACCUGCAAGAAAAUAGCAACCCAUUUGGUAAGAAAGGAUUAAGGAGGUCACCAGUAUCGUCACAAGUCGAGACAGAGUUACGGGAUAGCGUUCCCAGUGCUGCUGAUCCCUUCAAGAAGAAGGGUUUGAGGAGAUCACCAAUAUCUUCACAACCUGUGGGAUCAUUUGAGGAAGCCAUUGCUGAACCAGAAGUGUCAACGGGCCCUAUUGAACCAACUCUGUCUCGUGCUGCAAAACCCAUUACUUUCAACGAUGGUCAGAAUUCAGAGGAGCAAUCUAUGCACCCAAAAGUCCAUGCCGAAAAACCUAUAGUGCCAGAAAAGACCCGGGAAGCAGAGUACUCAUACCCAGCUCCAAGACGACGCACCUCUCAGGUUACAGAACUUGCUCGCAAAAGCAACUUCAAAAGUUGGAUGGGGCUGGGUGAUAUGAACGACGUCCAGCAACAAAGAGAGGAUGCAGCAGUGUCCCCAGAUGAAUCCCCUCUACAACCGCCAUCCUUAGCAGAUGACGUUGCUCAAUCCAGAACGCCCCAUCAACCAGAACCAGUAGAAACGCGACUGUCUGUAGAGGACGUUAGGGAAUCCAACGGAUCGAGUUGGCUGCUACCCGGAGAUUCAGUAAAGGAGGCCACGCAGUUCAAAACACCAGCACCAGAAGAAUCAGGAAUAUCAGCAGCGAAAUCCGCUCAAUCAAGCCGCCAUCAUGUAUCAGAGCCAAAAGAACCUGAAAUACCUGCAGAGGAAGUCAAUGACUCCAUAAAUCAUUCUCGACCAGAGUCAGAAGAGCCAGAGGUUGAACUACCAGGAAAGGGGAUCACGCAACCCAGCAGAUCUCAUCGGGUAGAGCCAGAAGAAAUAAUAUUAUCAGUAAAGGGAGUCGAUCACUCGAGGAAUCCUCAUCGAGCAGAAACAGAAGAACCAGAACUACCGCCCACCCCCACUCAACGGGGGAUUUUAGACCCCGUUGUCACUACUCCUCCCACGGGUAUACAUGACACUCCUAGCAAGAGGGCAAGAAAGAGCAAGUCGUUGGGACAGAAGUUGAAGUCUUCGCCCCUGAAGCCUCGAGAUCCGCCUCCUCCAGAACCGUCAAAAAGACCAGAGCCGACCCAAGAGAAAAAGAAGCACAAGGAAAAGGAGCCAGCGGCCGAGCUUGAACCUGAAGCCAAACUUCAACCAGAGAAACCCAAACGCCGAAAAUCAGCCAGAUUCUUGGUUCCCGAAGACCCUUAUGCAUCCAAGAAGAAAGCUCGAGAUGACCUCCUUAAAGAGUUACAGCAGUUACAAGCAGAUGUAGCUCUCGCAAAUCAAGAAAAUGAGCGACUACGCCUACACCACGAAUCUGGGAAACGCCGUACAACAUUGGCGCCGAAUCCUGAAGAGCUUAUAGCUCUGUUAAGGAGGUCAACAGAGCAAUUUUCACACCCCACGCCAAAACCAACCAGUAUUUUCAAGUCCAUUGGUUCAUUCUUGCCCUUCUCAUCACGACGUAGGACGCAGCCUGCUGCCUCGUCGGAUUUCGAAAAGUCUCUGCCUUCUCAUCUACCCAUCGAAUUAGAUGAUCCUCUGCCCUAUCUUCAAGCUUUCAGCCCCCUCCACUACACUUCGACUAUCGUGCUUCUACCUUCCGAACAAACAUCCUCGGAAUCAUCAUCAGAAGUCUCAGAGCAACCCAUUCUCCAAAAGCAUUCCAUACAUGCUUCUCAUCCCACCGGACUCUUCGCAUCCCGACUCACAAUGACCGUCAACUCUUCCACACUCUCAAUCACAGACAUCGAUAUCCCGAGUCUUGAUGCUUCAUCCGAGAAAGAACUAGGCGCCUUCGUUAGAGAACGAGCAGCUGGAGAUGGAUCACUUGGAAAGGACAUCAAUGUGAUAUGCUGGGCAAUGGGCCGCUGGGUGGAAUUAGCCAUAAAACGAGCUGCAUUCUGGUGUGCUGUAGAGAUCGACUUCACUGCUCCUGAAGGUAGAGAAAAGGCUCUACAGAGGAGUGCUAGAAGCAAGAAGCGCAAAAGGCAAGGUUCUGCAAUUGCAGGUGGCGAAGAGUCUGAGCAAGAUGAAGAAGAUGAAAUUAAAAAGAAAAAAUGGACACGCAGACAAUUACUACCUCAUAUGGGACGCACCAGCAUGGAGAUUGUGGGCGAGGGGGUAGAAUUGAGGGUCGAAUGGAGGAUUGGGUUUGAUUGGACGGGUGAGGCGGAGAAUUCUAUUUCUGCUGGCGCGAGGGUUCCGAAGGACUGGCAAAAAGCAGACGACAGGAAGGUCUUGAAUACGGUACCGGAAACUUUCGAUAGGAUGGUGAAGGGACGAGGGCCAUUAGGGGCUGUAAGGGCUAUUGUGGGACUUUUGAUGCCUGUUUCAUGA